AAACAUGGUUUGCUGUGCGGUAUAAUCAUUAUAGAGAUUUAAUUAAGUUCUAAAGGAACGGGUUGGGUAUUACUGCUGCAUCGUUCUAUCUGUACUGCACUUACAUUAUUUAGUCACCGCAUCAUAUUGUCAGUAAUACGAAUUGCAACGUUCGGUGAAAGCUGGAAACGGAUAGUGCCUUCGAACACUCAAGAUUACUUGUUUUUAGAACGUUGCUUCCACAACUCAGAUGGUUACCGAUUUAGAAUGUCGGUAUGGAAAGCCCGCGAAUACUGGGAUGCCCCACGCAUGCAGGAAGUGACAUCCAACGAGAGCAUUAUUCCUGGUUGUGCCGCCACUCUGGAUGUUCGCUGUUCGCGUGGAUGUCUCUGCACCGUCAGACUUGCCGAAAGCCCCGCAUCCGAUGUCAUAAUCGUGGGAACCUGGAAUGGCAUCCUCCGUGGUUUUUUUCCAGACAAUGUACCCUAUGCUUCUCAGCAGCUGCUUUUUGAGAAAGCUCUGGAUGCUCCGGUACUGCAACUGGAAGUCGGCAACUUCAUACUUGGACCGUCGACUUCUGGACCUGGAGGAUUCCAGUUGGCCGUACUGCACUCAGAGAAAGUCAGCAUGUUUUAUUGUACGAUUGCCAAAAGUGAUUCUGAAAACGUGGAUUUGUUUCCCUUACGAAGUUACAAAUUAACAGCUCCCGCUUACUGCAUGGUUAUCGGCACAUUCGGUGGCGUAAAGGGUCGGCAGAUGUUGUGCGUUGCUCGGUUGGACGGGAAACUGACACUGAUCGACCAGGAAACCGUUACAGAAACACCAACUUUGGAUGAUUUUCUCCUGCCAGGACCUCUUUGCUAUGUGCCAAGCAGGGACUAUUUCAUCAUGGGGACAUCUUCGUGGACAGCAGAGUGCUAUUCAUACAGCGAAUUGGCGUCGAAAGCCGGAAUCGGUACAUCGAAGCCCACGCAAGCUGUGAAAAUAAGGAAAACGUGGGUAUAUAAUUGCGGCGAGCACUUAAUCGAUAUUAGGCAUACUGGUGAUGGCCCUAAAAAUGGGAUUGUCGUGCUCGGUGAGCGACAUAUUUUCCUCCUGGAUCCCAAUGGUUCCAUGCGAUCGAUACGUCGGCUCGAUGCUCCUGCUAGUUUAAUUUACCUGUACCCUGCAGCUAAAGAGUCAGCGUUCAAUAUGCUUUUGGCGUCAACUUCACAAACCUUAUUGGUGUACGAAGAUUUUGUUCCCAAGUGGACAACACAAUUUCCGUAUACUAUUAUGGAUGUCAAAGUGGCUCGGAUAGCAAAUGGCGAGGGCAUUCUCGUUACACUCGCCGAAGAUGGGCACGUAACGGCAUGGUAUCUUGGUACCGAUCCGGAAAUUUACGAAGUGAAAACCGUUGUGGCCACGCGCAAAUUUGGAGAAGAAGAAAUGAAAUUAGAAACCACUCGCCUGGCCAGUUUGAUAAAGCAGCAUGAGGACAACCCGAACGAAAUAAAACGGGAUCCUGUUCUGGGAACCGACGCCAAAUUGUUAUCGAUAACUGUGAAAGAAUUCAGUACCGUCAUCUAUGCUUUUGAUCCAAAGAGCAGCUCCGGUCAACGCUUUCCCUCCACGAAAAGCCAGUUAGGCGUUACUCCAGUGGGGAGCGGUUUGACGGAUGUCAGAGCCGAAAUUCGUGUUCCGGUUCCCUUUAUAACACACCCUGUGGAACUGCAAAUCGGGACACUAACGAAACUGACGAACGUCGACUUCGCAUUGCAAAAUAAUCUCUCGACGUCGCCUUACGAUUUACGAGGGGAGGUCAUUGUGUACGCCACCAAUGAGGAUCGCCUGUACCUUCAAAAAGAACAAUUUCAAAUCCCACUGAGCAUGGUCGCCCAAAGUGCUCCUUUAUCAAAAAAGGGGUCGAUAAAGUUGGACUUUGAAAUUGGACCGAAAUCUUUGAAAGUUGCGGAAAUGUUCCCGGAUUUCUCAGCCCAACAAGAUGAGACUGGGAUGACUGUGGAUUUUUACGGGUUAGGAUUGGUGACAAUGUUGAUCUCGAAGAAACAAGAAUCAAAGGUUCGCAUUCAAAGCGACAAUUCCGGGUUGCUUUGUGUUAUUUGCGAAGAAGUGCGCAGACGUCUACCAUUCAUCUACCCCGGGAACAAUAUGACAUGUGUUUCUCCACUUCCGACUACAUAUUUACAAGAACUGUUAGAUAAAAAAGUUCAGGUCCAGAAAUCAUAUGAUGCGCUUAAAGAGGACCUAAACGCUUGGACAAUACAACUGUUUGCCGUUCAAAAACGCUUUCUAACACGCUUAAAAGACCAUGAUGCCGGUAUUGUACAUCAGCUGGAAGAGCUGCUGGAUGCCACGCAAGACAAAAUAAUAGCCAUCCUACAGGAACUGGAAAAUACCCAAGCGAAUCUGGCUACUAUUAGAUCCACAUUGACGAGUGCCAUAUCCCUGAUACACUGGCUGAUUCGAAUAAAUAACCAGAAACUUACAGUGGCAGAAAAACGUUUAAUCGAAGCGGUCAUAGCGCCGGAAUCCGAUAACGUGGUCAAUGACGAAGAUGAGUCAUGGGAAAAGGUCACCAGCGAUUCGGUGAGCUUUUACAAGCAGAACGUCUUAAAAGAGGACGACGAAGUUGGAGUGAAGCUUAGCGAAACCAAUGCUCUUUCCAGUGCUGUUGAGCUGAUGAAACGUGCGUACCACAAUCAGAUUGUCCCAGGAAAAGGCGGCAAGCCGGGCGUCAGGUCGUCAGAUGUUGAGAACGUUGUUGCAUACUUCCAGAAAGAGACCGAAGAUCAGAUGCCAGGAAAACUCAUUACGUCGCUGUCAUAUUGGGCGUUCUCAUUUUGUUACCUUAAUACCAAAUUCUUCAAAAUGUUCUCAGUUUUUGUAUCUUUAGCGAUCGCUUUUGCGGUGGUCAACGCCGCCUUGCCAUCCGGUUAUGAAAGCAAGACAGCCGCCGAAAAACAGGGCAUUUUAUGGUCCAAGAUCAGCGCCACGCCCUACGCAGCCGGCAGCCUACCAAAAGACAACUACGGCCCCAUCACCAGUCUUCAGUUGUUGAUGUCAGAUUUCGAUAGAAAGGCCUUUACAUGGGAUGGCGAUGAAAUCGAAUCCGGGCGUCCCAAACUCAUCCAUACCUUUGGAAGUGCCGCAAAGGUCACCCUCAAGAUCUUCCCUAAUUCCACCUACAGCGGUCUCUUUAAGGCCAACUCUAGCAAUCUCGGCAUUGCGCGUCUGUCACUGGCCCAGCAGGAUGACAGCAAUUACAUUCCCGGAAUGGCACUCAAGUUUCUGGUUUCCGGCAAACCUUCGCACAAUUUGCAGGUGAUGAACUCCGUGGAUGGACAAGGCGCCAACAAAAAUUUUUUUGCCAAGACCUUCACCAAUUUCAUUCCGGAGGCGGAAAGCCUCAAACUGAAGUUUCUGGCUACCCGCUUCCAUGCGGCGAUCGAGAGUUUGUCAGACAAAGAGUGCGAGCGACCGCUGGAUGAAGGCAAAUUGCCGCUGCUCACACCGGCAUCGCUGGAGCACAGUGGCAGCGCUGUGGGUCUGCCAAAAGCGCCCACGGUUCUGAAUUUUGUUCCUAAUCCGGCAGUGGGUUGGAAAGAAUCUUCCACGGAUGAUCUGCGUGUUAACUUGGCCAAGAUUCCCGUGGGCUCCGUUCUGUAUACGGUCAAAGCCAAGGCCACCCAGACGUCCACUAAAGAGGAUCCGAUUGGACAGUUGGUGCUGGACAGCUCUUUCGUGGCUUCCGAGUACGAAGACAAGACUUUAUUCUUUAAGCAUCAUGCACAGCGCUGUUUUCGCUUCGCUAUUUACGGCACGGAAAGAACCUCACACCUAGCAGACGACUUUAUGGUACACCUAAGGUAUUUCUUAAGGCCAGUAAGCAGACUGCAUAUAUCCAUUUGCUGCGCUAGAUUACACAUGGUCCAUUUAAAAAUGUCCACAUUCAUAAGCUUAAUUGCAAUAACCGUUUUGGGCUCUUUGAGCACAUCACAUGCUACUCUGCCGGCCAAUUACGUGACCCUGACAGGAACAGAAAAACAGACGACAUUAUGGAACAACAUCAUUUCCAGCCGGUAUCCAUCCAACAAGCCGUUGCCGACCCAAGGUCCGGAUCUAAUGAACACGGUGCUGCCCAACGUACUGAAUCCAACCUUCGCUCAAAAGCCCUUCACUAUUGUUUCCGAUGAAAUGCCGCCCGGCCGACAGAAACUCCUUCACAGUUUUGGUACGGUGGGAAAGGUCACGCUAAAAAUGCUGUCCAAUUCGCCCUACACCGGUGUAUUCAAGGCGGGUAACAAUGUUCCUGGUUUGGCCCGACUGUCGGUGGCACUGUACGAUAUGACCAAUAUCCUCCCGGGUGUAGCGCUCAAAUUAUUCAUCACUGGUCAACCGUCUGUCAACAUUUUCGCCAUGGAUAACGAGAAGGGCUUGGAAGGUCAGGGGUCUAAUCGAAACUUCUUUGCUAAGAAUUUUAGUAACUGGAUCCCGAGUCCGAGUCCCAACAACGAAUUCCUACAGAACCUGGGGAAAUCAUUUCAUCAAGCUAUCAGCACACUGCCAGGCGGUGCGUGUGGACGUCCUUUGGAUGAGAACAAAUUGCCGUUGAUGCAGCACGCCAUGGUGGAGCCGAACGGACAAAAUGCGUCCAAUGCGAAGGCGCCUUUGAUUCUGACUUUCGCUCCGAAUCAAGCCAUUGCUCUGAGCCCGACCGACUCUACAGAUUUCAGAGAAUCUUUGGCCAAGAUUCCCGUUAAUACGAUGCUGUACCAGAUAUAUGCCAAGACGGCGCAGAAUGGACGUGACGAGAUGAUCGGGCAACUGAUCCUGAACAGUCAGUUCGUGGCUUCGGAUUGGGGUGAUAACAAACUGUUCUUCCAACAUAGCGGAAAACGCUGUUGAACAGUUCCUGGACGCCGGUUAUACUACCCGCCACAAUACCCAUCCCUAAAUGCAUAUGGAUAAGGGCGUGGUAAUCCUCAUUUACUAUUAUUGUAUGACUACAGAUAACAGUGCGCCUUCAAGUUCUUUGAUAAUGUGUAAGUAAAUAUGGAUUAUGGAAAAAUUUUGCUUUUUAAAAGCUUUGUGCCGGCACAUCCGACGCGCAUUCAGUUAUAAAAACAGCGUUAACACAUUAAAAACUCGUGUAAUAGAAAGACAUUCGGAUUAUUGCGGCAUGUCGCAUUGCCUAGUUAUGACAUUAAAAUAUCCUAACGUACCUUUAAUAUCUACCAACCGUCAUGCACCUAAAAAGAGAUCUUGUUUGAAUUACAAUUGAGACUAACAACAUAAAAUGCAAAGGAAAGCACAAGGUAUGCAAUUUGUCAAAACGCAGUGAAUGAUUGGUUGGGAUAAAAUAUUUCCUUG